ACUGUUCUUAUUUAUUUGAAUAGAAAAAUCAAAAAAGGGCUUAAUCAUUGCUUUGAGGUUUGUUUCGUUAUGCAAUUACUCGAAAAUAGAUGAAACAAUAAUUUUUGAAAGAAAUAUCACAGAAAAUACCCAACUUGAGCUUGUCAGGUGUCAUUUAUAAAAGUGGUGGUAAAUCGCUGAAUUUACAAAAAAAUUAAAAUCCUUCAGCUUCCAACGACUACUCUCAUUGGAAAGGAGCCAAACCUAGACAUUUUGCACCAAUGUUUGAUGUGGUGAUUUAGACUUGAAUAUGUACGAAUUUAACCCUUUCCGCUUGUUUAAAGUGGGGGCGCAAAAGCCCUCAAGCUGUGACUACCUCUUCGACUGUAUGAAAAAAGACGCUCCAGGACUAUACAAGUGCGAGAACUGCGAGUUCACCGCAUUCCUCAAAGUCAAUUUAACAAUCCACACUGCGAUGUUCCACCACUCAACUGGCAAAAACUUCACCUUUGAUAACUUCCUCACAAGCGCGAACGAAACUUACAACAUGACAAACAUCCUAAAAUUCCACCAUUGUCUCGACUGCGAUUUCGGCACCUAUUCGCUACUUUUGUUUGCCCGCCACCAAUUCGACCACCACGCGGUCAAACCCAAGCCAAAAAUGCCCAAAAUCGAGUCGAAAAUCCCCCGAAAAACGCGCGCCCACAUCAACUAUCGGGCCUUCAAACGCAACGAAUUGUUCGAAUGUAGUCAAUGCAAUGCCAAAACUAGGAGCGCCUACAGUUUGAUGAAACACAUAGAGGUGUUGCACGGGUUUGUGGACGAGUUUAAGGUUUUCACGUGCGAGAAAUGCCCUUUUAAGUCGCAGUAUGAGGGGGCGCUUAAAAAGCACCUGAAACGGCACGAGGCCGAAAGCAGCGACGAGUGGUUCACGUGCGACCAGUGCCCCUAUAAGAGCAAACAGCAGAACUACCUGCAAAGGCACGUUAAAGCCAAUCACACUGAUUCAAAAAAAUAUGGGUGCGAGCAUUGCGACUACAAAGCUAAGACCAAAUGCACUCUGAAGGACCAUGUUAUUUCCAGGCACACUGCUCUGGAAAAUAUCAACUGGUUUUUGUGCGAACUGUGCGCCUACAAGUGCAAGCAUAAGCGAAAUCUGAUGCAACACAAGCGGGGAAAACAUAAACUGAAAGUUUAAGGACUGUUUCAGAGAUUAUUAUUUAUUACAAACAGUUAAUUAUUCAAAGUUUAUUUCCCGGUGUUUCUAAAAUUAACUACAAUACAAAUUUUUAAAAAAUUCUUCAAACCCAAAGUCUUUAAAAGACGCUCAAGCGACGGAUUUGCUUCAUAAUGCAGAUGAUCUAGUCUUGUAAAGUUAAUUUGUACCUAAACCAUUGAAGUUAAAAAUAUGGUGUGGACUUUUUUAUUCCUUAUGAAAAUAUUUAUUUUUUAAUUAUCUAUAUAAUUUUUUGCAUGUUUGCAAAUGAAAUAAAGAAGUUAUUACGUUGUGAAA